CAGCAAGCAAGACAAAAACUGUACACAUUCACUUUCGUCUAAUCGUCUUUCUACUUUCUAGCUAUGCAAAUGCAGCUCCACUCUCCCUUUUGCGAAGACAAACUUUAAAGAGAAAAAAAUGGUGGUGAUUGGCGGGAAGAGAGUGGGGGAAAUCGUCGGAAGAAUCGGCGGAAAUGGCGUCGGUCAAAUUCUGGUUGCUGUCGCCGCCGCUCUCUUCGUCCGCUUAUUUUCCGGCCCUGGUCCUGCGUUGUUGCCGGAGAAUGAUUUCGACGACGACGAUAAAAACGAUAAUUCCGACGAAUUUACGGUCGACGGUAAAGUUUUUCCGGUGACAAUUCGUUGGAGCAACCUCACAUGUUCACUUUCCGACAAAAAAUCUAAUUCAGUAAGAUUUCUGUUGAAAGAUGUUAGCGGGGAGGCUAAACCUGGAAGGUUGCUGGCAAUAAUGGGGCCAUCCGGGUCAGGGAAGACGACGCUUCUUAAUGUUCUAGCUGGUCAACUUGCAGCGUCAUCCAGGUUAAGUUUAUCAGGUCUUUUGGAGAUCAAUGGAGAUCGCAAGUCAAAGAAAUCUUACAAGUUUGCUUAUGUCAGGCAGGAGGAUCUCUUUUUCUCACAGAUGACUGUGCGUGAAACUCUGUCUCUUGCUGCAGAACUCCAGAUUCCACAAUUGUCUUCAACAGAAGAAAGGGAUGAUUAUGUUAAUGAUCUCUUGUCUAAAUUGGGCUUGGUCAGUUGUGCAGAUUCAAUUGUUGGUGAUGCAAAGGUGCGCGGUAUUAGUGGUGGUGAAAAGAAACGUUUGUCUCUGGCAUGCGAACUAAUUGCAAGUCCUUCAGUCAUAUUUGCAGAUGAACCGACAACUGGUCUUGAUGCUUUCCAAGCAGAAAAGGUAAUGGGAACUCUCAGUAAACUUGCACAAGACGGUCAUACUGUAAUCUGCUCAAUACACCAGCCUAGAGGAUCAAUUUAUUACAAAUUCGACGACAUUAUCUUGCUGACCGAAGGUUCUGUUGUUUACGCUGGCCUUGCUAGAAAUGAACCGUUGUCAUACUUUGCAAAGCUUGGGUAUCCUUGUCCGGAUCAUGUCAAUCCUGCUGAAUUUCUAGCUGAUCUCAUAUCUGUUGAUUAUAGCUCAUCGGAAAGCAUUAACAGCUGCCAGAAAAGGAUCAAUGGUCUUGUUGAAACAUUUUCGCAACAAACUGCGUCUGUUAUAUAUGCAACUUCGCUUAUCAGUGAGGAUAAAAUCAUCAAAGGAAUGAAGUUUGGUGGAAAAGCUUCUUCUAAGAGUGGGGGUUGGUGGAAGGAAUUCAUGUUGCUCCUUAAACGUGCAUGGAUGCAGGCUUCUCGAGAUGGGCCAACUAAUAAGGUACGGGCCAGGAUGUCAAUUGCAUCAGCAAUAAUAUUUGGUUCAGUCUUCUGGAACAUGGGAAGAUCUCAGACAUCUAUUCAGGACAGAAUGGGGCUCCUGCAGGUUGCUGCUAUAAAUACUGCAAUGGCUGCUUUGACAAAGACUGUUGGUGUGUUUCCAAAGGAGCGUGCAAUUGUCGAUAGGGAGCGGGAAAAAGGGUCUUACUCGUUAGGUCCCUAUCUGCUGUCUAAGCUGCUGGCUGAAAUUCCUGUUGGAGCCGCAUUUCCACUGUUGUUCGGCGUCAUUUUAUAUCCUAUGGCACGUCUUCAUCCCACUUUGUCAAGAUUCGAGAAGUUCUGUGGAAUUGUAACUGUUGAGUCUUUUGCUGCAUCUGCUAUGGGUCUAACUGUUGGAGCCAUGGUUCCAUCCACUGAAGCAGCUAUGGCAGUUGGACCAUCUCUUAUGACUGUCUUCAUUGUAUUCGGAGGCUACUACGUCAAUGCAGACAACACGCCUCUUGUUUUUCGCUGGAUUCCUCGGGUGUCCCUGAUAAGAUGGGCUUUUCAAGGACUAUGUAUCAAUGAAUUUAAAGGCCUGCAAUUUGAGCAUCAACAUCCAUUUGAUCUUCAAACUGGAGAACAGGCACUGGAACGGCUGUCAUUCGCUGGCAGUCAAAUUAAAGAGACUUUGGUGGCGCAAAGCAGGAUAUUGCUAUUUUGGUAUUGCACCACUUACCUUCUACUGGAGAAGAAAAGACCGAAGUACCAGCCACUUGAGGCUCCUUUCCAAGAUAAAGUGUAUGAAGUGUUACCAUCGGAUACCACAGACGAGAAAAGAGGGCAGCCUCUAUCUGAGCAAAUUGAAGUGAAAGAGCAGCCUAUACCUGAGAAAGUUGAGGGGAAAGAGGAGCCUCUAUCCAAGCAAGUCGAGGAGAAAGAGGAGCUUGAAUCUCAGGCAGAUCAAAUUCGACCAUUUGUCCUGGAAGGUGCUAAGUAAAGAGGAGAUACUUUUGCACUGAAGGAGGCGGUUAUGCCUACCCUGGUCAGAGAAGAUGUCUAGCCAGCAAGCUAUUCUGCCCAACUUCAUAAAGUAGAAAAAGGAUAGUUGCCUGUAACUCUGAACAUUCUGAAAGACCAUGAUAAGCUUUGAUUUGAACAUAGUGCUUGUAACAUUGUACAGAAUCACUAAGAAUUUUGUCAAUUCUGGUGUUUAAACUGGUUCACUCGUAAUGUGGUGGCAUUCUAUUGUCUUUAUUAUUUGAGGAGCUUGAUUUCACUUUCA